ACCCACUCACUGCACAUAUCCAUCGCGUUGUGUGCCCUACAAUUGAGAGAACCUAAUCCCCAUCUACAUUACCACCUCAAAAACGAACACCAUCGCACAAUGAAGCUCCUCACCAAGGAAGAAGAAGAUGCUCACUACCGCUCCGUCCUGAAAGGCGGCACCAUCGGCGGCGUGCUCGGCCUCAUCGGCGGCGUGGCCGGCGUGCUCGCCUUCAGCAAGCGCAGCGCGACGAUCCGCAACCUGACGCUGCCCAUGAAAUCCUUCCUGGUGACCUCGUCCGGCACCUUUGUCGGUAUCAUCGCGGCGGACCACGCCUCGCGCGACUUCGAGGCCUCCCGGAACGCGAGCCAGCUGUGGUACAAGGACCGCAACGAGCGGCUGCGCCAGGAGGAGCUGGCCUCGCUCUCCACUUUGGAUCGGAUCACCGCCUGGGCCAAGCGCGAGAAGUACAAGAUCGUCGGCGCCACCUGGGUGGCGUCGAUGGUCGGCAGCUUCGCCAUGGUCAACCGCAAUAAGUUCCUGUCGUCGAGUCAGAAGAUCGUGCAGGCGCGUGUGUACGCCCAGGGUCUGACGCUGGCGGUGCUCGUGGCGAGUGCUGCGUUUGAGAUUCAGGAUCAGAGGCGCGGGAAGGGGCUGUUGGAUAAGGCGAAGGCGGAGAAGGAGCAGGCGGCGAAGCAGGAGACUAAGAGUGAAAGCUCGACGGGUGAGGAGACCGGGGACCUGUGGAAGGAUAUGGUUGCUGCGGAGGAGGAGCGGUUGAAGCGCAAGAAGCAGAGUCUCUAUGAGCAUGAUUAUUUGGAGGGGCAUGCGAAGGCGGAGGAGAAGAAGGGUCAGCCUGAAAAGAAGGAGGAGCAGGCCAAGGAGGAGGGGGAGAAGAAGAAGGAGUAGCUGCUUUUUGUUGCUUGAUAGACUUGGACUGGUCUGCGGGUUUGGACCACUCUGCUUUUUUCCCCUUUUAUUGCCUUCUUUGUCCAAAAGAUUUGGGUGCGAGGUAUCACGCUUUCUUAAUGCAUGCUCAUGAGUGUUUAUAUCAUCAUCAUCAAUGUAUAACAUCUUUCUGGAUUUGUGGAUAUACGGUUUUUUUAGGACUUCUCUAUGCACGAGUAU